AUGGCCCUACGAGCUGCUCGAUCAGAUCAAUUGAUGAGGAUUGACGUGUUGAAAAUUGCCGCAGUGAAGCUGCACCCGGAUCAAGAGCAGCACACUCGCCCACAAGUCAUCAAAGGAUCCCAAAAGGAAAAGCCGGGGAUAAACAGCUUGAGCAUGAAAGACAUCAUUCCAGGCAGAUCUGCCAGCCAUGGAGCUUCCGAUUGGCCUUCGGAUGCCAUCCUUGAGAAAGGGCAGACGGGGGCUGAAGAGACCAAUGUUCGUGUCGCUGCUCGGGUUCGGCCUUUGCUGCCCCGAGAUACUGCGCAGAGCCAGGGCGGCACUGGUGGAUCCCUUGCAGUUGAGGGGCCGGCGGGGCCGGCUGCCGAACCGGUAGGCCGGGUGCUGUAUGGCUUUUUUUUUUCCUUCUCCUUCUCCGUACCUAAGGAACUGUUGUUUGACCUCGUCUAUGAGACAGAUGCCUGCCAGUCGGCUGUGUACGAUGGCUGCGUUUCCCAGUUGCUGGAUGGAUGCAUGCAAGGCUACAAUGCCACUGUGCUGGCGUAUGGGCAGACAGGCUCUGGAAAGACCCAUACCAUGGGCACUGGUCAGUCAGUGGGUGAAGGAAGUGAAGAGGAGGGUAUUGUGCCCAAGGUGAUUCGGAACAGCUUCCGACACAUCGAGGUGCAUAAGGAGAACAUCGACUUCAAGGUGUCCUGCUGCUACCUGGAGAUUUACAAUGAAGACAUCCGCGACCUGCUUCAACCAGGAGGACGCCAGGAUGGGCAGGUGAUCGCCAUCCGUGAGGAUGCGGCCGGGGGCAUCAAAGUCUCCGGGAUCCACGCUGAGACCUGCGGUAGCGAGGAGGAGAUGUUUCGAUGUCUCAGCGAUGGCUCGGUGCAACGUACCACUGGAGCCACCCUGAUGAACGAGCAAAGCUCGAGGUCGCAUUCCAUUUUCACGCUCAUCCUGGAACAGCGAAACCGGAAGUGCGACUCUGCUGAUCCUGCUGCGGCUGUGGACUACUACGUCACUGCCAAGUUCCACUUAGUUGACCUUGCUGGAUCUGAGAGAGCCAAGCGUACUGGGGCCGUGGGAAGUCGUUUCAAGGAGAGCGUCUCUAUUAAUUCAGGGCUCCUUGCCUUGGGCAACGUGAUUUCUGCAUUGGGGGAUCCAGCCAAGAAAGGCAGCCAUGUGCCCUACAGAGAGUCCAAGUUAACGCGACUGUUGCAGGAUAGUUUGGGAGGCAACUCCCGCACGGUCAUGAUCGCGUGCGUCAGCUGCGCAGAUAUCGACUUUGAGGAGACGCUGAAUACCCUGAAGUACGCACAUCGAGCCCGGAACAUCAAGAACAAACCGGUCAUCAACCAUGAUCCCAGGCAAGCUCAACUGGCUGCAAUGCAGGACGAGAUUGAAUCUCUGCGGGAGCAACUGCAGCGCGCCAAUGGGGGCCCUAUGCUGUCCAUGGUGGGAGGCCCCCUUCCAAGCAACGAAGAGGUGAUUGAGUUGUCCGCCAAGCUCGAGGCUGCCGAGGUCCGUUCCUCCGAGUUGGCCGAACGGCUUGCGGCGCAGGAGACUGAAGGAGAAGCAUUCCGGCGAUGUUUGACAGAUGUGUACUCCGCAGUGUGCCAGCACUUGCCAGCAAUUUGGGAGGCAGCUGAGGGCCAGUCAGCGGCAGCACCCUCCGGGCGACGAUCCCUGACGACGGUGUGUCAAGUGCUGUCUGCGGCACAGCGGCUGUUGCUGAGCGCAGAGAAUGGGUUUGAGGGCUGGGAUACCAGCCAGCUGCCGCCGCCACCCUUCCAUUUGGUGCAAGCCGGGGAGGACCGUGCCCUUGACGUGCCGGAGCUGGAGGAGGUCAACGGUCAUGUGCAGCUGUCCAGCACAGCACCGCAGCUGGGGGAGAAUAAACUGCAGUGCCUCGGUGCUAUGGAACCAGCGGUGAUCCUUUGGUCAACCAACUUGGGAAAAGAUCUGAAAAACUUCGAAGUCAAUACGGACGCCAUGCAGAUGGGCUCGUUGACCGACAUCCGAGCGUACUACAGCUUGCCGGAGGAGGUCUGGAAGGCUUUCACCCAUGUGGCAGGGGAUCCAUGCGAAGACAUGAGACUUCUUGCCGUCCUUCCUGGACCAGUUCUUUCGGCUGCGCUCGAACGCGCCCAGCUGCCCAAUGGCCAAUACCUGAGUGCAAUUCAAGCUUCCCAUGUGGGAUUAGUCUGGAAUUUGUCUCGCAGGAUACAGCACACCCUGAAUGGAGGGAGUUGGGACAGUUGGAAGGAAACCUCACCAUUUGGGGAGCAGAAGGUCACUGCGGAGGAUGCGACAACGAAGGCUUCCACGGGAGAUCAUACAGAGAGAAAACUGAAGAUGACGAUCUUGGACCAGAACGACGACGGCGACUUUACAGUGCAAACGGAGGAGUCGAGGGCACGUUGGUACCAGCAGUAUGUUCAAGUGAUAGGGGGCUGGCCUCCAGAAGAAGAGGACCCGACAUUGGAGCAGUUGUCAGCCCUCUCAAAGCGCAUCGAGAUCCAAGACACAGCCCCCUACGUGGACUUUGCGAUAUUCGUGCCCUACGGCCAGAAGGCGCUGAAAGCAUUGAAGUUCAGGUCGUUCGUUUUGACCGCAAGUGGCUACAUAGCCAAAGAGUUGCCGGGUCCAGCCAACUUCGCACAAUGGAGGACAUGCUACAGGCUCCUCAAGACGGCCCUCCUUAUGUUGGACGCUGUGGGUUUGGCCUCCCUUCAGGCCUGCGAGAACAACAUGGAAAGAUUGGCCCGAACGUUCCCCUCAUGCUGGCAUUUGAUAUACAGCGCAGACGAGGUGGCGAGGUCGGCACAGGCCAACAGAGUAAGAUCAAAAAUCCUCAUGGACCUGAAGGCGGGCCGACAUCCACCAGAAGGAUUUUCAACGAGCCGUCCAUGGGAUCACGUCUAUGGAGCUCUAGCACGGGACGAGGGUUUCUGGCAGGUACAAGUCGUUGCACCGGCACUGAGUUGGAUUGCGGCAGGAAGUCAUGGAACACCCCGUACACCGGCAGAACAAUUGGUAGCAGGUCAGUUGCAAGGAGGCCUCAACACCAUCACGCCUAUCAGGGAGAACUCCACAGGAUUGCACGAAGAAGGACGUGUGAAAACCUCCACAACAGGACAACAAGGAGAACCAAGCCAGGGCACCAAGGUGGAGGUGACGAAGGAACCACAAUCUUCAGCUGAAUACACGUACACCUAUGAGUCAGACGAGGGAGAAGACCAUGGAGACGAAGGCAAUGACAAUCCGGAAGAAGACACGCCCCUGCUGGCCGAGACGUUGGAUGAAUAUUAUGAAAAGAGGGUAUUCAUCUUCGUACACCACUAUGCUGGCGCUGUCGACCCCCUCACGACGGCGAUGAGGAAUGAGGCAUUGAAACAAGGAAUCCGCCUCAAAGCCAUCAGUGUUGAGAAAGAGAAUGGUUCAGGCGAUUUACUAGCCGAUGAACCAUGCAACACUCACUUGAGGUGGGCAAAACGGGGCUACAUCGAUGCGUAUCAUGCAGGAUUUCCAUGUUCUACAUUCUCGAGAUUGAGGUUCCGGCGAAGGGAGGGCAUGCCUGGACCAGUCCGCACGAAGGCAGAGCCACAUGGAAGGUACUCCAACAGGCCUGCAGCCCAGGCCGAGUGCGACCGGGGCACGAUCAUGGCUUGCAGAGCCAUAGACAUGGCGACGACGGUGGCGGAGCCAAGGAGAAUCUCCACAAUUGGCGCAAUUGCCACAUUAGAAAAUCCGCCGCCAUCAAACGAGCCUGAACACCUUUCUGCUUGGGAGCUCCCGGAGAUGCAGAAGUUUCUCAAAGUGAGGCCAAGCCAAUCAGUCAUCUUCAACACAUGCAGGUAUGAAGAGAACCUGGAGCUGGGCAAGCGGCACUACAAACCGCAACAAUUUGAAGGCACUUUGAGGGGCAUGCAAUGUUUGUCAUUGGAGUGCACGUGCGGCGACCCCAGCAAUCAUGAGGCCAUCAUCGGUCCAGAGAAAUCCAAGGCGUCGGCCACGUAUCCAGAGGCCCUUUGUCUGGCCUAUGCAAAGCUGGCCAUUGAUCAUCUCAAGAUGAUGGGGAAGGAGGAAUUCCUACGAUCUCGCAUGGCCUCACUUCAGAACGUUUUGGACGUGAUGAAGGCAAAGAUAGUGAGGAGGGACGACGAAUUUGGCCCAGACGCCAAACUGCCGGGCCAACGAGAGAGACCCACACGAAAGACCUCUCGCUCAAGAUCACGGACGAAAACUAAGUUUCCUUCGCUCAGCCCGCCGACAAGGAGGGAGUACAAGGCAGCUACAUUGGGCCACAACACGAGGAGCCCAGCAAGGCCGCCGUUGAAGCGCAGGAGGCGGGACACAACCACGCCUGUGAAGCUGAAACCGGCCAGGGACGUAGGAGAGACACCCGAAGCAUACUGGCAGGGCGGCGAGGGCAAACACGAAACUUUGAAGCCCAGCUCAGCCAAAGACGCCAACCCAGCCUUAUUGGAGUUCAUAGGAGGCAUGAGGGAUCCAUACAAAGUGGUGCUUCCGAGGGCAACUCUUCUUUCUCUGGGCCUUCGCAUCCGGGCAGCAUGGGAAGCAUUCGAGAGGAAACACAAGGGAACGUCAACAGUAGCCGAGACCUAUGGCACCCCGGAUUGCGACAUGAAUGACACCUUGGUCAAAGAAUGGAAGGCCACGCUCAAAAAGGUACCCAUCCAGACAAGAGGCAUUUUCCCUUUGAAUGUGGACGACAACAACUUGGAUUACCAUGGUCAACAUGAACUAGAAGAUGCAGGUGCCCAGAUGAGCCAUGGCGACAUACCCAACUAUGCUUCAGUCCUCGAUCAUGCCGAAGACGCAAAAAUCGAGUUGGACAGGUACCGGAAGGAAGGUUUCCUAGUAGACGUCGACAAAGAGACGGUUACGAAGGAAAUGGCUCAUGGAACAAUCUCCAAACUGGGCCUGAUCAUCAAGCAGAAACCCGAAGGAGUGAAGAGAAGGAUCAUAUUGGACCUCCGCAGAUCAGGGGGCAACAAGAAAGCCAGGUUGCCGGAAAAACUCGUCCUGCCCCGUCCGAAGGAUGCCAUCAACAUGUUCAGGAACGUCUUCGAGCAACGACGUCCUUGCGGAGCAGACGAAGGAUAUUCGAGGGAGCUGGUCGUGGUAGACAUCUCUGACGCAUUUAUGUCCCUCGCAGUGCACGAAGCGGAAUUGCCGCACGCAUUGGCACCAGAAGUCAACGGACCGAACUUCUACCUCUUCGUAGCCUUGCUGUUCGGGUUCAAGACGGCUCCAUUGCUAUGGUCACGCAUAGCAGCCUUGAUUUCGAGAUUGCUGCAGUCGCUCGUGCAGGGCAAGGAGGCACAACAUCAGACAUAUCUGGACGAUGGCUUAUGGAUUCUGCAGGGCACGCUGGCCGAACGCAAUAGUGUGCUCUCCAUGAUCCUCACUACCCUCUUCGCCCUGGGCCUGAAGGUAUCACUCAAGAAGGGCCUACGCUCAACUCAAGUUCAAUGGGUAGGGGUCCGCUUCACUCUGACGGAGGACUCCAUCAUCCUGAGCCUCCCAGACAAGCUGUUGGAAGAACUCAUCCAAACCCUCCGGUCUUGGGACAAAGCGGGAAUGGCCCCAAUCAAAGAACUACGACAAGUCGCAGGCAGAGCUUCAUGGGUCUCAGGAAUUUUGCCCCGGACACGAUGGGUCGUAGCUGUGCCCUACCGAGUCCUGCAUGAGAGACUCAAUGACAUUGCGUCGGGCAAAGAAUCCGAGAGACGCCAGAACAGAACCGACCAACGUUCAAAGGAUGGUCUCUUCGUGGUCAAACAAUUGGAACAACCACGGGUAUGGCUCAUCAAAUACCUGGAGGUCGCCCGGGCCAAACCCACCAGGCGUCUCAAGCUGGACACCACGAAGUACCCGAAGGCCACCAUAGUGACGGACGCAAGCCCGUUAGGGGCAGGAGCCAUCCUACUGAUCAACAACCGCCUGGUGAGGGCCUACACCACGAAGGUCACCCAUCGCGAUGCCAGACUUUUGGGAUUUGAAGACGUCUGGGAGCAAUCAUCCUCCCAAGGCAUCGUAGAGACCUUGGCGGUCCUGCUGGCGUUGCAACACUGGAAACGGGAUCUACAAUCCUGCAACGUGGAACUGCAAGUCCAGAGUGACAGUCUAGUUGCCCUGGCAACAUCGAAACGACUGUCGAGUGCGACGUCCACGCUGAAUUUCCUGGGCGCCGAGAUCGCCCUCACGUGUGAAGAAAUCGGCAUCGAGACGCUGAGGACUUCUCACAUUCCGGGGUCCGCCAACAAGGCUGCAGACUGGCUCAGCCGCCCGGACAAGGUAUCUAAGGAAGAGGUGCCAGACGAACUCCGGGACAUUCCCGUGCACUCGGACAAACAAGUCCGGGGACCAGAGUUCUAUCACCUGGCACCUCCCCAGCUGGCUCCCGAUCUUUGGAAGCCCAGCUCUGCGGCCAACAGCCUCACGCCCUACGUCGACCCAGGGCCUUUAGUGCCCCUCGAGAAGCCAUGGAUGCCGUGGCUCUUCCCGGUGAUGGUCGGGAUCGGGGCCCUUCUCCUGCUAGUCGUCUUCCUCAAGACGGUCUGGGGUGGACUUAGCGACAUUCGUGACACGGAGAUCCCACACUUGGAGGGAAGACAAGCUGAGGGGCAGAGAUUGCUGGCUAAUCCUGGACUAACCAUGGACUCCGGCUACGGCACGAGGGCAACUGAUCUUGCGAGCUCCAACCAAGAGGACUCCUUCGACCAAUGGAGCUUGCGGGAGGCAGACGUGAACAGCCCCAACAAGAGCAGAACAAUAUCGAGCCAGGGACAGGAGUCAGAACCAAGCAACACACCGGAGCCUGAGGCGCACAAGUUUCCACCGGAUCCACCUGCGCUGGGUUCAGUAAGAAGCUCAUCACCAACGAAGGGCCCAUGGUGGAGAGAACUGUUAGCUUCGCCAGUCAAGAAGCUGCGCCUGAGCGACAUAGGGAAGAACAUCAAAGCAUUAGCCAUGCCGGCGCUGGAUCUACCACCUCAACCGAUGCUGCAGAGCCCCUAUCCUUCAGUCCCAACCGUGACGGAAAAGGACAGAAGAAAGGACUUGCCAAAAAGGCGUCUGACUCACAACAUAGCGAAGCCAUCAAUCAAAGCGGCCGUCAAACUAGCCAAGGCCAAGAACGCACUGGCAGGCAUCGUGGCAAGGGUAGAGGAAGAUUUCUGCGCCAACUCAUCUAGGGCGGCAAAGAACGCCAAGAGAAAUACAGUCAACCAAGUUCUUCGUGCAGGUGGCGAAGGUUUUCCGUUGACACCAUUUGCGCUGAAAAUGCUAGCAGGUACGCUCAGAGAAGCGGGUUACAAAUCGACCAGCCAAUACCUCGUCGAAGCAAAAUUAGCACAUGUGGAAACAGGGCACGCCUGGACGAGCUUGCUGGAUCGCCACUUCAAGCUAUGUAUGGCAGCCUCAAAAAGGGGCCAGGGCCCUCGCAAGAAAGCGGCAGAAGUGCCAGAAGCGGAGUGGACGGCUCAUUCGUUGUUGGCCGGCCCUCUCACCACCGGCAUGAAGGUCAAUCUACCGACCCAUUUAUUUGCAUGCGGAGUACAUUGGAUGAUGCGGGAGAUUGAGAUCGCCGCGCUCACAGCGGAAGACAUCAAAUUCGAGGAAGCUUCACGAAUGGUCGCCAUCAACUGGAAAGAAUCCAAAAAGGAUGCCGAAGGGCACGGAAUAUCCAGAACCCUUCAAUGCGUUUGCGAACAUGGAUGCGACCUUCGUUGCCCGUUUGCCGUCCUCGAGUCCCUGGUCAAUUUGGCUGCACUCAGAGGAACCCCAGGCGGACACAUUGCUUCCAACAGAAAGGGCAAACCUGCGUCCAAAUCCGACAUCGUCAAGGACUGGAGGAAGCUAUAUGGAGAUGAAAUCACAGGCCACUCUACGCGCCGGACGGGUGCGUUGCAAUACAUCCGCAGUGGAUGGCCUGUGGCACAAGUAGGAUUCCUGGGCAGAUGGAAAAGCAACGUAAUCCUGGAAUAUGCCCAGGAGGCCUUGGAGUCCUUAGCAGUCAACAACUCUGGCUGCUUUGGCUCCAACACCCAGCAAAUGCAGCUCGCACAGCAGCUCAUCAAAGGAAACUCCGCUGAAACAGCACCAACCAAAGACAACUCCAUCCAAUCGAACAAGGCGAACACGAAGGUCAUUUCGAACUUACAGAAGGAGUUGGACUCGUUCAAGGAUGACACAAAAGGAAGCCACUCAAACUUGGAGAAGGCAAUCAGGGAGUUGGAAAACCGUAUGGGCACGGCUGCGAAGUACCUCCCGAAUUUGGUCAAAUCUGUGAAACAGCAGGUGGUUCAUCUGAACACACGCACACUGCUGUACUCACCUCCGAUCGGCUGGAGGACUAGGUCUCUUUCGGAGAUGCGGAAAGACAGCACUACGUUGAUCAAGAAAUAUUUGGAGGAAAUGAAGCGCCUCGAGACUGAGCUGGCGCUCUACCGCCGCCGCGCCAAGCAGCUGCAGGAGGAACUCAAGGAAGCACAUGAAGCGCUACAGAAGGACGAGGAGAUCUUUGAAGAAAAGAUGAGGGAAAUGAAGGAGAUUAGCGAGCGAAAUGUGCGCCUGGAGGAGAUGUUGAAGGACAGGAAACCCGCCAGUCCACAACGACAGGAUGCCCCUGCAGUCUUUGCCAUUCGACUCGGUGACUUGGACGACGCACCCAGUGGGCGUCCCACCUCGCCAGCGCUGCCCGGAAGCGACGACGCUGACGAGAAGGAGACCACCAAGCCGGACCUGGAGGAUACUCGGGCGUCGCAGAAGCACCUGAGUGAACAGCUGCAGUCCUUGGAGCAAAAUGUGGUGCUCAAGGAAGAGCUCAUCAGUGAGCUCACUCGCAGCGAGCACGAAUGGGGCCUGGCUCGGAAGCAAUACCAGGUGCGAAUGGAAGAGCUCCAGCUAGAGCUAGAAGAGACCCAGCGGCAGUUGGACCUGGUGAAGGCACUGACGCUGCUGGCCACGUCCUUCUCGGGUCCUCUUGCCGUCCCGGGAUGUCCUGGGUGCCAGGCCCGGCUGCAAGAGUCCGAGAAAUUGGAGGAGAAAGCCAGGCAAGCCAGUGAAGAGGAGAAGCGCCGGUUGGAAAGACGAGUGUCUGAACAGAUGGAAGUCCUGAAGAGGAAACAGCAGGAGUAUUCUCGAUUGAAGGAACUCCGACACAAUGAGCUGAAGAGGGUCAAGGAUCUGGAAGCUGAAGUUGCACAGAUGAGCAACCUGUCAGCAGUGGACAUCGUCGUCAAUGCCGAGCUGGACCGAAGGCUUCAGGUGCCGUGGUGGCCUGAUGCUCUGACCCCAGAUGUGGCACCGCCGUCCCGCCAGGCUGAACGACGGCGUGAAGCCCAGCAGAUCAAGGAGCUUCAAAGGCGUUUGACGCGGGAAGGGCAGAAGGUAAAAGACCUCGAGGCAAAGGUAAGCCAGACGAAGAGCAGCGGCCGCAUGACUCCAGUGGGCCAACUUGGACGGAAGAACUCCGACCGUGCGGCCCGCGGUUAUCCAACGACCCCUGUCGACGCAGCUGAAAGUGUCAUGGCAGAGUGGUCCCAGGGAAGCACCGGGAGCGAAAAAGGUGGAUCCCGAUGGCAGCAUUUGGAGCAGCAGCUGGAUGAACACAUCCGAAUCCUGGAAGCCACACAAGGCCUCGAGGAGGACUUGCGAAAACAGGAGGCUUUGCAGAAGAAGCGGGAGCAGUACAACAAUUACCGAAGGAAAAUUGCUGCCAAAGACCAGGCGGAGCAGCAGGAAGCCACUGAAAGAUUAAGCGUCCUGGAAUCCGAAGCCCUGCGACUUGCCGACUGCCUUGCUGAGUGGCUGGUCGGCAAGCACGAGCUGGACGAAAAGAGCGGCUCCACCGUGGAUCCGGCGGUUCGCAGCCGGCUGGAACAGCGCCGAAUCGCCAUCAAGGAGGAGCAGGCCGAGCUUCAGCGCAAUGUGCAGAGGAAGCGCUCAGAAGGGCACAGCAUUCUGCAUGACAUUGAUGAACGGCUGGAGGGCUUGCAGGAUGAGUUGGACUUCCGAGAUGCUCGAAUCACCAAGGCACAGCAGUACCUCCGCUCCACCGCGCAGACUGGUCCCGGGUCGCUGGACGCGGAGUUGGAACGGAUCCCAGCGGAGGAUGGCAAGGAGCUGCUGAGACGUUCCUUGAAACUGGUGGGCUACUGUGAGAAGCUGGUGAAGCUGCGACAACGCGAGAAGCAGCAUUGGCAGAGGCUUGAAGCCGCGGAAGCACAGUUGGCGGAGCGGGAUCAGCAGGUGAAAGAGCUGCAGCAGGUGCUGAGGAGACAAGACUCCAAUGCGACCAAGGCCAUCGCCAAGGUGACCAAGGACUACGAGGGCCGCAUUCGAUCCUUGCUGCGCCGCUGGGUAGCCCCACGUUCUGCCACCGAAGCUGAUGAGAGCACUCCGACCCCAGUGGGUGAAGUGGAAGAGGCGGUUGGGCACAUUGAGCUGGUGGCGGAGCUGACCACGUUGCAUGCCGCGCAGCUCGCCCAGCUCCGCGGCGAAGUCGCUGAGCUGCGCGGUGCCUGUGGCAAGCUGCCUUCGGCCAAGCCGACGGUGGCUCUGGCGCCGGUCCAGGUUGUCCCGGUCGGCCCGGUCGGGAAGGCUGUGGCAGCCCCCGCGCGUCAGCAUCAACUGCUGGUGAGGGAAAGCUGCAGCCCUGAGGAUGAUGGAGACGCAGAUGGGGCUGCGGAAGUAGCAGCUGAGCUGACCAAUGCAAAUGAUUGGUUGGAUGCAUCCAUCCCAGAGGAUGUGAUACCAGAGGGAAAGGUGAAGGACGCCAACAACAAAAAACUCUUAUCGGGCUGGGGCUCUUCCCCGAGUCUGUCCCCAUCAACGCGGAGUAAAAGCAGGGAAGACACAGAUGAUGUUAUUUUUCAAGGCCUGGAGUCUGAAAUCCUCCAGCAAGAACGUCAGACAGAGAGAGCUUUGGUCACGCGCGUGGCCGACAUCUUUCUGGGUCCGCGUUUUGAGUUUGCCAUUGCCAUCCUUUUGUGUGUCAACCUGAUGCUGAUGGCAGCGCAAUUGCAAUACCACGGCCACAGAAUCGGGCAUAGCAUUGUUUACCCAGGCUACACAUAUGAUAUUGUGGCUGGAUGGCCCCACAUGCAGGAAUUCUUCCUGAUCGGGGAUGUCUUGUUCGCGGUUCUAUUCACAAUGGAAAUGCUGAUAAGGCUAAUGAAGAUUGGUCUAUCCUAUUUCAAGAAUUUCUUCAACUGGAUCGACUUCUUGGUGGUUUGCAGCUCGUGGACGGAGCUCUUUGCGGCCGCGCUGCCGAUCUCCCCCACUUUCCUUCGCAUGCUGCGGCUGGGGAAACUGCUGCGAGCACUAAGAGUCGUCAAGAUGUCCCAGGUGCUGGAAUCCCUGCAGCUACUCCUCAAGUGCAUCUAUGCCAGUUUGCGCAUCCUUUUCUGGUCCUUGGUGCUGCUUUUAAUCAUUCAGAUCAGCGCUGGGAUGACCAUCUCCUACAUGCUGAGCGAUUACAUGGUGGAUGACACAGCGGAUCCUGUGGCGAGGUUUGCAGUCUUUCGAUACUAUGGCACCUUCACCAAGACACUCUUGACGAUGUUUGAAGUGUUGUUCGCUAACUGGGCACCAGCUUGCCGAGUGCUCAUCGAUAAUGUCAGCGAGUGGUACUCUCUCGUCUUCAUUGUCUACCGAUGUUUUGUUGGAUUUGCCGUGCUAAAUGUAGUAAAUGCUGUGUUUGUUCAGAGCACAAUGAAAGUAGCGCAGGCCGAUGAAGAAGUCAUUGCCCGGGAAAAAGCGAGGACACAGGAAACAUAUCAGAAGAGAGUGACGACCUUGUUCCGUCAGGUGGAUACUUCUGGUGAUGGCAACAUAGACAUCAAGGAGUUUGAAAGGCUGCUGGAGCAUCCCAGACUGCAGUUGUGGCUACAUCAGUUGGAGAUCGAAACCACGGACCUCGUGGGAUUGUUCAACAUGUUGGAUGAUGGGGACGGUGAGAUCUCGCUUGAAGAGUUUGAGAGUGGCAUUUUGCGAAUCAAAGGCAUGGCACGUAGCUUUGAUGUGAACAAGAUCCAGCGAGACAUGACAAGGCUGGCCUCCAAGAUGGAUAUGAUCCUGUGCAGCUUACCGUAUACCAAAGCCUUGGUUACCAAGAUGGACAAGAAAAAGAUGCUGAGAGAGCACAGGUUCUUGAUGCUCCCCAGCCAAGCUUUGCUAAAGAUGUGCUGUGAUCACCGCACCGUAGAACCAACGAUACAAAGGAGACCACAGAGGCCCCAAGAGGAUCCCACCAAACGGGUUCAAGGAGACAAUCAGUACUACAAAGCUGUGAACAGAGAGUUGAAGCGACGUUUGCGCUCCUUGCUAGAGCACAAGAAUGGCGAGGCGGACCCAGCAGCGUCUCCGACCCCAGCCCGUUUCGUGCCCAUAACAGAGGAGCGUGUUGAGGGGUGUGAUGACGGUGGGGUUGCGGAUGGUGGCACCCCGGAACCUCCAAAUAUCUCAAAAUUAAAUGAUAUUAUAUAA